GAAGAGGACAACAAGACUCUCGCGACUUCAUAUCUCUCUAUUAAUUCUUGUCCCUUUUAGAUACCCAAUCUCGUCGAAUCCGCACCGUCAAAAUGAGAGAAGUCAUUAGUUUGAACGUCGGCCAGGCUGGUUGCCAAAUCGCCAAUUCCUGCUGGGAGCUCUACUGUCUCGAGCACGGCAUUCAGCCCGAUGGAUACCUCACCGAGGAGCGCAAGCAGCAGGACCCCGACCACGGAUUCAGCACUUUCUUCUCUGAGACUGGCCAGGGCAAAUAUGUCCCCCGUACCAUCUACUGCGAUCUCGAGCCCAAUGUCGUCGAUGAGGUCCGCACCGGUACCUACCGCAGCCUUUUCCACCCCGAGAACAUGAUCACCGGCCGUGAGGAUGCCUCGAACAACUACGCCCGUGGUCACUACACUGUCGGAAAGGAGAUGAUCGACCAGGUCCUCGACAAGGUUCGCCGUGUUGCCGACAACUGCGCUGGUCUCCAGGGUUUCUUGGUUUUCCACUCGUUCGGUGGUGGUACUGGUUCCGGUUUCGGUGCUCUCCUCAUGGAGCGUCUCUCCGUCGACUACGGCAAGAAGUCUAAGCUCGAGUUCUGCGUCUAUCCUGCCCCCCAGAACGCUACCUCCGUCGUGGAGCCCUACAACUCCAUCUUGACCACCCACACCACCCUGGAGCACUCCGACUGCAGCUUCAUGGUUGACAACGAGGCCAUCUACGACAUCUGCCGCCGCAACCUCGGAAUUGAGCGCCCCAGCUACGAGAACCUCAACCGCCUCGUCGCUCAGGUUGUUUCCUCCAUCACCGCUUCGCUCCGUUUCGAUGGCUCCCUCAACGUCGACCUGAACGAGUUCCAGACCAACCUGGUCCCCUACCCCCGUAUUCACUUCCCUCUAGUCGCCUACGCCCCCGUUGUCUCCGCCCACAAGGCCGCCCACGAGUCCAACUCGGUCAACGAGAUCACCAUGUCCUGCUUUGAGCCGAACAACCAGAUGGUCAAAUGUGACCCUCGCAACGGCAAGUACAUGGCUACUUGCUUGCUCUACCGUGGUGACGUUGUCCCUAAGGAGACCCACGGCGCCGUGGCUACCCUCAAGACCAAGCGCACCAUCCAGUUCGUCGACUGGUGCCCGACUGGUUUCAAGAUUGGUAUCUGCUACCAGCCUCCCCAGCAAGUGCCCAACGGCGACCUCGCCAACCUCAACCGUGCUGUUUGCAUGCUGUCCAACACUACCGCCAUCUCCGAGGCCUGGUCCGCUCUCGACCACAAGUUCGACCUCAUGUACUCCAAGCGUGCCUUCGUUCACUGGUAUGUUGGUGAAGGUAUGGAGGAAGGUGAAUUCUCCGAGGCCCGUGAGGACCUUGCCGCCCUGGAGCGUGACUACGAGGAGGUUGCCAGCGACUCGUUGGAGGAGGAGGGCGAGCUUGAGCCGGAAUACUAGAUGGAAGAUUAAAUCACUUGGCGGAGACCCCCGGGACCGAGGCAUGGCGCCGCUUGUGCCGAUACUAAUACCCUGGAUCCUCGGGUGUUUAUUCUCUGUUCGGGUUGCUGGGGAACGGCGUUUUCACCUGCACGACUUUUGGCCUCAUGCAAAUAAGAAAGAUUUGAUUUAGCCCAGACUGUUUAUUCCCUGUGUUCUUUUAUUAUUGUCUCAUACUUGAUUUUAUUAAUAUCCCCGGAAAGCAGCGUGGUGAAUUUACCGCUCGUUCAUAUCUUUUUGUUUUUCUUUCUCUCUCUUGAGUGUCUUUUGUUACAACUAUAGGAUGUUGUAAUUAAAUUAAAAAGAAAUCUACGGUGUUGGGGUGUAUUAAAUGCUUUAUUAUUGUACAUAUUUAGUACAAAGUAGCUGUCAGUCGUUAGUAGUAAAUAUGGAGUACGUGGAGGUUGUUGACCGCCCGG